AUGGGGGAUCCAGAAGACACCCAGGACGGUCAGCCCGCCGAACCGCAUCCUGCCAGCACCGGCAAUGGCGUGGACAAGGCCAAGGGAAAGGACCAGGCCAACAAGGCUUCAGUAGCGGAGCGCCUGCAGGCCUCAGGCAAAAUGGCUUUCAACGCAGUGGCUGGAGCCAGCACUAUACCCGACGCCGUGCCGGGACAAAAGGCACCGGCCGGGCCGAGCACCUCCAGCCGGCUGCCGACGAUGCUCGGCGAGGCAUCAUCGUCGCAACUUACAGCGAGGGUGGGCGAGCCGCUGAGGUUGAAUCAAAACGGACAGGGCUCGUCCGAGGCUUUUAAUUCCUUCAUCAACGAACAACCCCGCCAGGACACAAUUUCAUCCCUACGACAUGGAUCGCAGAACCACACCUCGUUCACAGAGCAAGAGGCAACCGACGGGGCGGCGGUAGUACGGCUAUUAUCCCUUCCGGACGAUCCGGUGGAUGAACUGCCCAUAGAAGACGGCGACUGCCUGAGCCCAGACGAGGCGGCGAGGCUCCGGGAAGCCCUCUUCGGCGUCGGCAACGCAGACAGCUCCAAACCCCGCUGGGACGACAUGCUCAGCUUGGUCCCUGAUUCCAUAUCUCACCCAAGCGCGGCAUCAUCGGCGGCCGCGCGGCUCCACGUGGGCACUGCGGAUCCCGUUGUCGCGCAAAGCAUCUGGCUUCAACAGUGGAGCGAUGUGUUGUCGUCGUACACUGACGAAGUCUGGGGGGACUUGGGGCCAUUGGCUGCGGAGGCCAAGCAUGAUGUCGAACGGCAGAUGCAGGGCAAACAGCCCGUAGGGUUGGAAAGCAGUGAGACGAAGGCGUUGAGGAGGCUUCGUCUAAUCCUGGCUCACGUACACAGACGCAUCUGA